AUGGGGUCGUCAUUUCCAUCUUUUCAGUCAUUCUACCAGCACGAGGUGUCCCAGGAUGCAGAUUGCCCCCAGCACCAGAAGUGUCACACCGGCGAUGGCUUCACAGGACAAGAGAUCUCUCUUGCGCUGGACCCUGUCUCAAAGUCAUGGAGUCCUAAUAAAUCCUACCACAAGCAAGCCAUUUCUCUUCUCAAAACAGGACCAGGCUACUGGGAGAUCACGGGAAGAAUCGUCAACUUUAUACGACCAGGCAAACGAAGCAAUCCGCAGCUGUCUACACAACAUCAAUGUCUCAUAUUAUUGAGUGACGAAACUGGUGUAUUAUCUGUGAGAAUGGUAUACCCCAAGCCCUUCGAUUUUGAUUUCAUCUUCGGCCAACGAAUCACAAUCUAUACGACGUCCAUCACAAGCUCUUAUGAUUCGGAGCCCGGAGAUAUUCCUCAUGUCAACUUCUGCACCACCAUCUCUCCCGGUCGAAAUAGUGCCACGCACAUAAUCUUCCAUCAGGACACGACUUUCUCUGAUCAUACUUGCCGGACUCCUCCCCCAUUGCAUUUCCAACCUGGACUGAUGUGUUUGAGAUCAUUCAUCUCCAGUGGUUUCGAUGUCAGUGACGUUCAAAUUCUUGUCUGUGUUCGUUCUGUAGGUCCACAAAAGAACAUUCAACGAAGAAAGCGAGAAGCUACUGUUGAUUUGGUCGAGGUUGGCAUCUUUGACGAUACAGCUACAGCCGUCUUGAUACUAUGGGGCGAUCAUGCUGCUUCCGCCAAGUCGUUCAUACCGAAUCAGACACUACUAUUGAUUUCACAACCUACUUGCAACUCUAUCACCCCAAGCAGUACAAAAGGCCAGCCAGCCGCUGAAUUGAGUAUUGGAUAUAACUCCAUGGUCUUUAUUGACCCAAAGUGUCCCCAAAGCAAGUGGCUGAGCACGAGAAUCACGGAGAUAUCUCGACGAGAUAGUAUCGUAACAAUCAUUCCCGAAAGCAUCUGGGACGCUGUGGAUAUCGGCAGUAGCAGUGCCACCAGGGGAUUCCUCACAAUCGCAGAGGCUGAUGAACAAGUCCGGCAAGACCCUGGAAGAGAUUUUAUGGGUACGAUGCGCUUGGUUAUUAUGGAGGUCAACAUUAUAGCACUAUGUCGCAAAGCGAUGUUUUGUUGUGCCGAGUGGUAA